AUCAAUAUACAUCAUCCUUUGGAAUGAUGGAAGAAAGAACAUCAUUAGAAGAACACGACAAAGAAGAACGUUGACUUUGAAAAGAUUAAUCUGGCCUGGAAAACGCAUCUAAUCUACCUAAUUUUAUGGAGCACAAGAAGGUGGUUGCUCCAGGAUAUUCAACCAUGGACGCAAAGUUGAAGGAAGCUGCGACGUUGGGAAAUGUCAGUUACCUCAAGGAAGCUCUAAACUCUAAACCCAUCAACUACUUUCUCCUUUCAACAGAGAAUGGGUAUAACAUCUUCCAUAUUGCAGUGCGUUUUCAGAGGGAAGCAUUCAUCAAUGAAGCAAUACAAACAUUACCAGAAGAAAACUUACGAUUUCUCUUAUCCCAACUAGAAAACUCCCUCCAUUGGAACCCUCUUCAUUUUGCAGCCUUCCAAGGCAAUCAAGGUCCAAUCCAGUUCACACGCAUACUUUUUGAAAAUUUAAUGGAUGAUCUUAAUCCUGCUUGCCCAUUUCCAUGGUUAAUGAGGGAUAAAGAUGGCAACACUCCUUUCCAUCUGGCCCUUAAAAAUAAAUUUUGGGAAUGUGCGAACCUAAUAUUACAAAUAGAUGAGAAAUCGAUUUGUAACAUACUAGACAAGGAAGGGAACACUUCCCUCUUUCUUGCUGUGAGGCAGGGGCUCCCCGAGGUGGCUUUGCAGAUCUUAAAGUCCAAUGCUUGUACUAGGGUUCUCGGGCAAGAUGGUUUAAAUCCGCUUCAUAUUUUGGCAGAGAAAUCAGUUGAAACUGAAGAAGAUGAGAAGUGGUUAGAAAUUGAGAAGUUAUUAAUCAAGAAGCACCCAAAAUUGCUAGAACUACCUGGUGAAAAUAAGAACCAUGUUCUCCAUGUUUGGGCAAAAGCAAACAAAACGAGGCUACUUCCAGUGGUGGUAAACGAUCACAAAAUCAAGUUUCUCCGGACAUUAAGCAUAUCAAAAAAUAGCGAAGAUGAUACUCCUCUACACUUUGCUGUUGAGCAUGGUAACGAAGAGUUUGCAUUGUCCCUCGUCAAAAGAUGUGGACAGAAUAUCCCAUUAUGGAAUGAGAAAAAUUUUAAUGCAAUAACACCUCUUGACAUUGCGCUGAGUAAACGUCUGGAAAAAUUCGUGCUACAUUGCAUAUCUAUCGAUAGACACACUUACAAAACGACCAACAGUGAAGGACAGAGCCUACUUUACGUCGCUCUUAAAAAGGGGAUGGAUGAAGUUGUGCGAUCGAUUUGCGCUCAUGUUCAUGAAGAUCCUUCACUGGCGAGGACUAUUCCCAUUAACGACGACCACGAUCAACAGACCGUCUUGCAUGCUAUUCUAGGUUGCCCAGAAGAGACAGGCAAGUUAUUGGUACAACAAUUUCAGCACCUGAUCAAACAACCAGAUAAGAAUGGAAGGAGACCCUUAGACAUAGCAUCAGCAGCCUGCGAGAUAUGGCUUAUAGAAGUGCUGCUGAAAACAGAACCUACUGCCAUCGAAUCUUCACCGAAAGCUUGGAUCAUACCAUGUAAGAGAAGUGACCUCGAAGCAUUAAAACUCUUUACAAGGCAUCCGGAUUUGUUUAAGGAAGUCUGUAUUCGAAACAAGGAUUCGCCGUUGCAUCAUGUCAAGCUAGAAAGUAAGGAUGAAUACGAGAAACUUUUUGCGAUAUCACCAAUUUGGGAGAUGAAAAAUAACUGUGAUAACAAUCAUAAAACGCCAUUGCAUCUAGCACUUGAACGUCAGGACGUCCUACUUGCCGAAGUCCUACUCAAACAAGGGGUUGAUUGUAGCAUCAGCGACCAUGACGGUACAACUGCCAAAAGUUUGUUAGCAGGGCUUUGUACCCAACAUUACGAAUGGCAUGAAUUGUGCAAAAAGAUGAACAUAAAUCCAUGGCUAAAAACAAGAUAUAUCCAAGACACAUCAACAUUGGGGAAAGUGCGAGACACACUGGCAGUUGUAGCAGCCCUUCUUGCAACCCUUACAUUUGCAGCUGGUUUCACUCUUCCUGGGGGCCUAAACCAAGAUAACGGAGAAGUCCUUCUAGCAAAGAAGACAUCAUUUAUAAUGUUCAUACUCGCAGACACGUAUGCCAUGUGUUGUUCCAUGUUUGUGCUGUUCUGCCUGAUAUGGUCCAUGGUUUGUGAUGAAAUUCAAUCACACAUACUUAUUGAUCGCAGUGUGCUCGCACUUGUGCAUUCUUUUUGUGCCACUUUGGUGGCAUUUAUGACCGGAAUCUACACAGUUUUAUCAGAAAAGGCGUUGUGGGCAGCCAUCCUUAUCAUUGUGAUGACCACUCUAGUCGGAGUGAUUUCAUGCAACAAGACUUUUUUAUACAAAGUGGUUAGUGAGCUGAUCCCUUUUCUAAGUAAGAAAGGGAAAAAGAAACUGCAAUUCUUGAAACAGGUGGUGAAGGUCACGGGAAGUAACAGACUCAGCUCAAAGAAGGAAGCUUCUCAGAGAGACAACUCUGAAAGAAGUGAUCCUCUCUCAAAUGCGUAGAUCGAACUUCUAUGCAGCACAGAAGCGGUUAAGGCGUUAAGCUUUGGAAACGAAAACAUAAUAGAAAUGGAGAAACCUCGGUUUUCAGCCAUUCCUAGGCCUCAUUAGCACGGAAAUGACUGGAGUUUGGAAAUCUAACCAUACCGAAAACAGGAAAGCUUAAGAUCCCAGUGCUUUUGUGCUUGAUAGUUGAUCAUCAGCAGGAGGGACCGAGAGACGUCGUACGUCAAUGAAUUACUACUCAGUAUUUAGCUCAAACUCAGCUUGGUGAAGGCUGAGGUCAUUCAAAGCAAUGUGUGAAUUCGAACAAAUUCUGAAACUUCUUUGGUGAAUGAGCUUUUGACUAUAUGUGUUAAAUUUCUGUUGGAGAAAAUAUAUUGUAAA